GUCGGCUUUGCAUCGCCAACGGUCGUCGGUUGCACGCGGACUUUGGUCUCGAAACGCGCUCGUCAAGAGUCGUACGUUAUGAUACGUACUACCGGGGUACGUGCGGCGUGAUACACCCGUAUACAGGUCGGGGGGGCUGAUAUUUUGGAGACCGGGAACACGCACGCACGCACGCGAACUUUUGCCACCUUUGACGUCAACGAGGGGACCGAAGCGGUAAACAAUCAACACCAAAUGACGGGACGAUAUCAAUGAUAAAAAAUUACCUCCGGUUGUAUCCGACUUGUACUUGUGCACUAAUAGUUGCAUAUCGUACGUAUAACGUCAGCGAUUACGACGAUUUGACGAUCGACGAAAGGUUGUUUGUGUGCGUGCGUGUGCAAGCGAUUUACGAUCCAUACCGUACAUAAUAUAUAUAUAUAUAUAUUCUACACACUGUUACUGUGGUACAUUUACAAUCGUAUACGAUAUUAUGAUCGCUGUUCGAUAAACCGUCCAAUCCGAUCGGUUAAACGAGGACAGGUAUCUACAUACAUCGGUACCGGUGCGAAGACCGCGCGACACGUGCAUUUCACCCUCGGCACGUGCUGCUAUUAUUACUAUCGGUGUUCCGAUGGGGUGGACGUUACAACAGCCCAGGUCCCGUCAUUUGUUAUUGUUGUUCAUAACGUUCGCGUCAUGCAUCACGGUCGUGUUCAUCUCCAAGUCGGACACCAGAGACUUAUAUGAUCACAGUUCGGUGACAUAUAAGAUGGCGGAAAUGGAAAUGCGUGUGGACCACUUAACUAGAUUGUAUGAACUGAAAGAGAAAGAUGUUCAAGAACUUAUCAAGCAUUUCAGCUCGGUCCUCAAAACGAUUGUGAAGUCACUGAAUGUUUCCGUUUCCGAAGACAUAGAAUCCUUAAUGAUUGCUUACAACAAGUCCGUGGAAAUGGUCAGGUCACCGAUGGCACAUUUUGACGUGUAUACAUUCUUGCCCCAUCUGCGGUCCCAUGAGAAUUAUUUAAGGCCGUUGAUAUUACAUUCCGGAGGCAGAAAUGCAGUGUCUAUGGUGUUUGGAGUUCCUACAGUUCGUCGCCAACAACAGACUUACUUGAUACAGACGUUAAUUAACAUCGUAAGCAACAUGAAUCAAACUGAACAGAAAGAUUCGCUAAUAGUAGUGAUGAUUGGCGAAAUCGAUCAACAAUACACGCAACAAGUAACUUCGGAAAUAAAAAAUCGGCUACCGGAAGCAGUGAACUCGGGUCUCGUGGACAUAAUCGCUCCGUCGCCGGAAUAUUAUCCAGAUUUCAGCAAGCUUCGCAUUACGCUCGGUGACUCCGAAGACCGAGUCCGAUGGAGGAGCAAACAAAAUUUGGAUUAUGUUUUCUUAAUGAUGUACUGUCAACCGAAAGGAUCGUUUUAUGUUCAACUCGAAGACGAUGUAGUCGCAAAGCCGCAAUUCCACACCAUUAUGAAAAAAACGGCUUUGCAGAGGAUAGCCGAUGGACAAGAGUGGUUCAUAUUAGAUUUCUGUCGGCUUGGUUUUAUCGGCAAAAUGAUGAGAUGUUCUGAUUUACCAUGGCUGAUUCAAUUCAUCGUGAUGUUUUACAACGAUAAACCGGGAGAUUGGCUUCUGGACGGAAUGAUGGAAACAAAAGCUUGUAAUCUUGAAAAAGAUCUUAGAGAUUGUCGAAAACGAAAAGAAGAAAUAUGGGUAACAUUUAGACCGUCUCUUUUUCAACAUAUAGGAACCAGGUCAUCUUUAAAUGGCAAAAUUCAACUGUUGAAGGAUAGCCUUUUCAAGAAAAGCGUCAACGUAAAACGUAUAAAUAAAAUCAGAGGAAAAUGACCUAUGGCGAGGUACAGGUUACCUGUAGCGAAAAUCAAAAAAAUAUCUCAUCGACGAUGAUGAUAUGAUUAAAAAUGACAAUUAAUCGUCUGUGAUUGCUCGAGUGAAAUAAUUUAUUAAUGAUCAUUAAGCACACCUUUUAUUUUUCACAAAAGUUCAAAUUUAAAUGUUGUCUGU